UCUCACACGAUCCCGGUCCAUGACCUCAUGAUGCUGCUGCGCUCCACCGCCAGCGCAAAUCUUCUCCGGUCAAACUCGUUGACUCCCCCACCAGCCUCCACCACUCGCACCGUCGCCGCCACCUCUCCCACGCUCGCAGUAGCUCCAUUUAAACCCUCCACACCCAAAUAUCUAGCUGCCCUCCGAAAUUACAGAUCUACCCUCCCUCCUCCUCGCUGCUCCGUGAGUGAGAGUGACUCUGUGCAAGUUCAAAAGAUGGCCGCCGAAGAUGCCCAAGAUCCUCGCCUGGCUAGAAUCGCCUCCUCAAUCAGAGUCAUACCCGACUUUCCCAAGCCUGGGAUUAUGUUCCAAGAUAUUACUACCUUACUUCUGGAUACACAGGCUUUCAAGGAUACCAUUGAUUUGUUUGUUGAGAGGUACAAAGACAAGGAAAUCUCUGUUGUUGUAGGUAUUGAAGCUAGAGGUUUUAUCUUUGGCCCUCCCAUUGCAUUGGCCAUUGGGGCUAAAUUUGUACCUAUGAGGAAGCCGAAUAAGUUGCCUGGGAAGGUUAUUUCUGAAGAGUACUCUUUGGAGUAUGGAACAGACUCGAUGGAGAUGCAUGUGGGAGCUGUAGAAGCAGGAGAACGCGCCUUGAUCAUUGAUGAUCUCAUUGCAACUGGAGGAACUUUGGGUGCUGCAAUCAGGCUACUUGAACGAGUUGGGGUGAAGGUGGUUGAAUGUGCCUGUGUAAUUGCUCUGCCAGAGCUAAAGGGUCAGGAAAAAUUGGGAGACAAUCCAGUAUUUGUUCUCGUCAAUGCACCUGGAGCAUGAGUGAUGGAAUUGAUGCUCUCUGCCAUAUGAGUUCUUAGACUCUGGAGCUUUUAUUGGAGCUGCACAGUUUCAAAAAAUUGAAUUUUACCGCGGCGCUUAUGGCUGAUUUAAGGGAUUUGUUUAAAUUUGGUGAUUGAAGAACUGAUAAAACUUGGUAGAUGGCAUGUACUGAGCAUAAAUAAGUACUCGGUUUUUAUUAUUAUUAUCAUGUGUAUGAUAAUAGUACUGCGAAGUGAUGAUGAUGACUUUGUAGGUGGUUACUAAGCA